GAAUUUUACUUUGUCUGCUUCUUUUCUGUUUUCUGAUGCAUUGUAAAGAAGUUUCAACUCCUACCAAAAAUGUCCCAGUCUGUGGUGGUAAGAAGCUGCUAAAAACGAACCCUAAAUCAUUCUAAGUAUAAGCUCUGAGUGUAAACGCAUGCACCAACAGCUCCAGAAGCAGCCGAUCACAAGUCAAGAGGGACCUAAACAUUUAUGGAGGGUAAAAGCCUGUUUGGUUCCAUCCGACUGAUGGGCUAGUAUCAAUCUUUUAGAAAGCUGAAGCAAAUUGGAAUACAACAGCGUUCAGAAGACUGAAGUCCACUUUGUCAUGCAGAAGUGUAGCCUUUCACAAUGCUGAUGGCGACUUUGGUCUGCAACCAAAAGUACCAGAGGUCCCAACUGCAUCGGAGCUGUACCUGAGGAGUACGAUGAAGUGGUUUGUUCACUUGGCUCUGGUGUGUCGUCAGUCUGGAAAACGAUCUAAAGAGGAAAAGGUGGCAGGAGAAGUGUGAUGCUUUCAACAAUGUUCUGAUGAGAACUCGUUGAUUCUGUUCAUGUGGAAACAAAACUUCUAACUAUGCCCCUUCUGUCAAACUGAAUUUCCUGAUAGCAGCUGGGUUUCUUAAUCAGAAAAUUGGUAAAAUAAUGGUUUUGUUAUUGAAUAAUGGACUGAGGUGUCGACUUGGCUUGUAACCUGUUUAACCUGUUUAACCCUAACUUUAACCUGUUUAACCCUAACGCCCCCUAUUGGGGACCUCUACAGUUUCAUGUCCCAAACAUCUACAACUGUCCACAUUCUCCAAACACAACUAAAACCACAAUCAAACAGCCCAGAUGGGAAACAAGGCCAUUUUAAAUUGUAAUAAAUGAAGAUACAAUGAUAUUUGAACUUUUUUAGAAGAGCUUCUGAACCUCUCUGGUGUCUGCUGAAAAAAAAAACUCUUGAACAAAUUUAGUUUAGGACCCCUGGAAUAAAUGAAACAAUUGGCUAAAUUUCCUAAAUGGAAUUUGAACUCACAGCCUCCAUCCUGUCAGCACUUUUACACAGGGCAGCUCUUCUAAAAUGAAGUUCAAGUAUUAUUUUAUCUUAAUGUAUCAAAAACCAAACAUUGCUUUGUUUACAAGCUAAACUGUUUUGAUUGUAGCUGUAGCUGUACUCGGGGAAUGCAAACAAUCACUGACACUUGGGACAUGAAACUCCAAAGACCUCAGAUUGGGAGGUGCCAGAGCCCAAAGAAAAAUGGCCUUGGGCCUAAAGGGCUAAAUAUCAAAAUGUCCAUUCAAAGGAGAAUUUGUGGGAUGAUCUUGAUAUGUGAUCUUAAUCCAAGAAGGCCAUAGCUCACAAUUUACAAAGUUAAAGAACCUUCUCAGUGCUGAAUAGAACAAGCUUACUCAAUGUUAGAUAAGAACAGCAGACACUUGUCAUCUUACUUCUGAAACCUAACAACACCUGCUUGAACCAUUCAGCCAUUGUUUUUCUAUAGGAGGUUGGUCUUUUUAGAGAAAAGACAAAGACGUUUAAAAAAUUGAGAAUUUUAGACUUUGUGUUGAAUUUGAAAACAACAUUUUUCAAAAUAAAAAUGAAAUUAAAAAUAAUGUGUUUGUAAAACAUUAAGUUAUUUAAAACCUUUGAAGUAGACAAAUGACCCACAAAGGAACUGUCUUACUAGAGGCGUGUGUUGAUUAUAAUCUGGGGAGAGACGAUAUGAUACACUGCCUGUCCAAAUAGAUGUCGUCACAAAAAAAUAAAUAAAUAAUAAGGUCACACACUAAUAUUUUGUUGAAACACCUUCAGCUUUGAUUACAUCACUCAUUCACUGUGGUGUUGUUUCGAUAAGUUUCUGCAAUAUCACCAGGUUUAUUUCCAUCCAGUGUUGCAUUAAUGCUUCACCAAGAUCUUGCAUUGAUGACAGUAGAGUUUGACCACUGCACCAAGCCUUCUCCAGCACAUCCCAAAGAUUCUUAAUAAGGUUAAGGUCUGGACUCUGUGGUGGCCAAUCCACGUGUGAAAUGAUGUCUUAUGCUGCCUGAACCACUCUUUCAUCAUCUGAUCCCAAUGAAUCCUGGCAUUGUCAUCUUGGAAUAUGCCCGUGCCAUCAGGGAAGAUGGAGUAACCUGGUCCUUCAGUAUACUCAGGUAGUCAGCUGACCUCAUUCUUGGAGCACAUCCUGUUGCUGAACCUAGACCUGACCAACCGCAGCAACCCCAGAUCAUAACACUGCCCCCACAGGCUUGUACAGUAGGCACUAGGCAUGAUGGCAUCACUUCAUCUGCUGCUCUUCUUACCCUGAUGCACUCAUCACCCUGGAACAGGGUCCAUCUGGACUCAUCAUGCAUUUGACAUUUCAUAACCCAGUUUUAGUUUCUGCAAUCUCCUUAGAAGUUUUUUCUGCUUGACGCAUGCCAAUGAUCUGACCCUUCUCAAACAGACUCCACAACCACCAGAUGUGUCUUUCCACAUGGUAAUUUAAGUAGUAACUCAUUACACCAGUUGGGGUUAAAUAACUAUUUGCCAGCUGAAAGAUUAUUGCCCAAGAAGUUAUUAUCUAACAGGAGGCUCAUCAAAUCCAGGUUGAGACUUAUUUCUUUUGGUCAGGCAGUGCAAUACUAAAAUAUAUUUGCAAUGUUUAAAACUGAAUUUAAUUGGAAAGCUCAGGCCAGAUGUUUCCAAGUCCCAUUUAGUGUUAUCCCAAGAUCUCUUUGUUCUUUCAGAAUGAAAAACUGCUGCCACCUAGCAGUCAGAGUUUAAAGGGAUACUUUGCAACUUUUUCAUUUUCUUGAGCCUCAAUGUGCUAAAAUGACCCUUUACAGCAGGGGUGCUCAAUCCUGGUCCUCGAGGGCCAGUGUCCAGCAUGCUUCAGUUUUAAUUCGGCUUCAACACACCUGAUUUCAAUCAGCAGGCGAUUAACAGGCAUCUGCAAAGCCUGAUGAGAUGCUGCACAGGUGAUUCAACCGGUUAAUCAAGUGUGUUGGAGAAGAAAAACCACAAAACCUGCUGGAUAGUGGCCCUCCAGGACCAGGAAUGGGCACCCCUGCUUUACACGGUUAAUAAAAAGUCACCCAGCCCCUACUGCCCCCUUUGGCCAGAAUAUUCCACUUGCAACUUGAGACUGGUGGGCCGAGUAGCCCCUGACGCAGAGUGGGGCGCCAUGUUGAAAAAACGAUGUGGAGGCCGGCUGCCAUUUUAGAUAGGUCUCCUUCGCCCCAGUGUACUCAUUUCUACAGAGAAACGUGCUAACUAAAAACACAUUUUAUUAAGCUUUUUCAAAAAAUCUGAUAUGGUAUGGCAUGACAAUUGAAAUAUAAAUAUAAUUAAACAAAAUAAAAUUAAAUAUAAAAAUCUAUUGGUUAGAAUUUAAGUUAGGCACAACGUGGGCAGAGUAAAACAUUUGACCCCGCUCACUGAAACUGAAACCGCUGAGGAGGGUGUGUGUGAGUGUGACUGUGACAGAGAGAGAAGUAGCACGCAGAAUGGAGGUAGGCAUGGAUUUUCAUUCAGUUUUAACGAUACUGAGCAUUAAUGUUGUGGCAAAAAUGUUAUUUUAAAAGUCUUUUUCUGAGUUUUAGAUUAAUGUAAUGGUAUUAACUUGACUUAAAAAGUAUUUUUCUCAGUUGUACAUUAUUAAGAUAGACUUUAAAAGUCUUAUUCUGAGUCCUAGAUUAAUAUAAUAUCUGGCACGACGUAUUGUUGAUAAGAAAUAUAGCUUUGGGGAAAAAUGUUAUGAGAUCACUUUUGUGGGGAAAUAUUAUACUUUACGUAGGGAAAAUGCAUUUGGUUUUUAUCGUUGUUACAUGCUAAAUAUAGAAUAAAGAAAGAAUAAAGUAAAACCAAAUUAACUAGUUAGGAACUAAUUAGGAAAUUGUGUGAUUUAUUUUAUGCAUUGGAAGCAAAAGUUGAUUUAGUAAAGUUACUUGUUACUUCCUCUUACUCUUUGCACAGACACAUUGCUCACAGCCUGUCUCCUGGCCCCUGGAUGGAGCUUGGCGUGGAUGAUGUUCAGAGCCUAACAAAGCAAAGGCGCUCCAACAACUAUGGUGCGUUUGUUUGAUGGUAAGACCUUUAUAGUAUGUAAAAUGUUUGCUUGGUACAUUAAAAACACAACAUUUGUACCUGAAAAUUGUAUUCUGGGGGAAUAUUAAUGACAUUAGUAAAUUAACCAGUACCUCUUGACUUACAGUACGCAACUGGGGGCCAGUUGUGACUUCAGAGAGGAAUGUGAAAAUUGUGACACAUUACACUUAGUACACAAGGUUUUAUUCUUCAACACAUCUGAAUCUUCCUGCAUUUCCUUUUUCAAAGGAAAACAUGCAGCAAAUUAGGAGAUGGUGGUGUCUUGUUCUCCUGCAAAACUUCCCCAUGCCGUCUGAGGAAGACAGACUGCAGGAAAGAAAAAGACGGAGGGAGCAAAAAGGAAAACAGGACCUGGAAGUGAUCCCACCUAAAAGGUUCAGGCUUCCAGAAUCUGUCUGUGAAGCUUCAGCGGAGGCUGAGAACAGGCCAGAACAGGGAACAGGGAACCGAGUAUGUUACCAGUUGUGGGCUUUUCUAAUUUCACUGUUCAUGCCUUCUCCAACUUGUAUUUUAAUAUUUAUUGUGUUUACUUUUGAUCAGGAGAGUCCUCUGCUGAAGAACACAUUUGAGGCAGCAAGAUGGUGUGGCACCAGAUCCUUCAAAGGAAAACUUUCCCUUCCCCAGGUCAUCACCAUGGACAAGGAAGCUUCCUUGAGGGCAGUACAGAUGUUACACAUGUGUGAUGGCCUGGAUGACGAUGAUGAGGAGCUACAAGAUGAGGGGGAGCUUCCCAUCUGCACCUGGUUUGCAAUCAGCAGGCCCGGCUACUUAAGGAGGAUGGAGAACACAUCUCGAUGCCGGAUGAUUACUGCAGCUUGGUUUUUGGAACGUCUCUGGAUUCAGCGACUCCUCAGGAUUACUCACCCGUGCCCCAUAGGACUUCUGGAUGCAGCUCUGAACCGUUCCCCAUUUCUCCUAACCGACCCGCUCUCCUGCUCUCCUCACACUCCCUCUCCUGGACCCUCUCACUUGGAUACACCGGCUCUCACCUGCCCUCCCUCAUUCCUGUGGUUUCCCAACUCCCAAUGCUGCGCUCCCGUUUCUCGAUCCCCACUGGACUUACCAGUGUGCCUUCCGUUCCCGUUUCCAAUAAAUAUAAUUUUUUUUACCAUCAUUCUGUGAGUUGUUGUGAUUCUGCAUGUCUUGGGUCAGACGUAUUCCCGAAACCAUGUCAGUUCUGUGAACUUUGUGACAAGAGGAAGAUGCAGAUGUUUGGAGGAUUUGACACCCCAUAAAAUCUUUUUCCCUGGAGGAAUGUGUUUAGAGUGUUUGUGUCUGAGUGUUAUGGUCAUUUUUGUGUUCAGUUUCCUCAGUAAGUUAGAGGAUUUUGUUUUUAUUUUGUGCUUUAUUUAAUUUUUUUUAUACCUGUGUUCUACUGUUGGCUUUUGUUUAAUUUAAAUUAACCUUUUUUUUAUACAUUAAGUCUGCAUCCUUUGGUCCACUGUCUCACCACCCCACCUCAAACCCUGGCAUGUUUCAAUAAGUGUCAGUGGCACAAUUCAGUUUCUGUCCCCCUUAAUGUAGCUGACAUAACUGAGUGCACAAAAAAUUGUACAUGUGUCUAUAUCUAUACUGUUUUCACACUCUCUUGUGAAAUUAAUAUAAAAAAUUAAAAAUAUGGCAGCAUGGAUAAAAUAAUGGACUUACAGUUAAAAGACUUUUGAUACACUUAAACAAACAUUAUUUAUAAAGUAUCAAAUGCAUGCACCUUUUUCAUAGUUAUUUCUGCUUUAAUAUAGUUAGAAGCCCAAUAUUAAAUGUCAAUUUCACUUCACUGUUCCUGUUCAGGUGGACUAGGUAAUAACUGUUUAGUUAAGUGGGAGCUGAACGUCAAAAGGUCGUGAGGGCUCAUGGAAAUGUAAACGUAUUACCAUUGUUUUAGUACUCUUUUAUUAACAAGUAUGUAUAUAGAAUAUUAUAUAACCUUGGUAUUUGGUAUUUACAUAAACAUAUUUUGGUACCAGACCUGAUCAUGAUAUAAAUAAUGAAUGGUGCCCCAUACAAAAGCUUUUUUUUAAUUUAAUUAUAAGCGUAGGUGUAACAUAUCAGAGUCAGAACUGUUCUUAUUGUCAGUAGCAGUAAAGGUCAGUUUACAGCAUGAGGAAUUUGUCUUGGUGUCAGGUGCAAUAAUAAAAAAUGGUACCAAAAUAGUUAAAAAAAACAUAAUAUAAAUACCAUAAAAAAGAGUUGAAUGAAGAAUAAUAAGAUCAUUAGAACAGAUUUGAAUCAAAAAAUGGCCCCUAUUACAUUUAACUUAGUCAUCUGCGCUUUCUUUAUAUUUUAUUGAAAUCCACCAAACAGGUUAUUUGAUUAUCAUUGUUAUGCUGAUAUCAUAGACAUGAAUUCAUAGACGAUUGGGCGCGUGAGAGCAUCGCCGCCAUAUUGAAUGGGUCUCCUCACUCUCCAAAGUAAAUGCAGAAUAAGCAACUAAUAGAAUUUUACAUUUUAAUUUAUUUAGUUUAAUUAUAUUUAUAUUUUAAUUUUCAUGCUAUACCAUAUCUGAUUUUGUGAAAAACAUUGAUAAAAUGUGUUUUUGAGUUGUGUAAGCACGUUCCUCUGUAGAAAUGAAUGCACUGGGGGUGAAGGAAAUCUAUCUAAAAUGGCGGCCGGCCUCUACAUCGGUUUUUCAACAUGGUCCCCGCACGGUGGGCGGAGUCAAACGUUUGACCCGCCCCGCCCUGAUCUGUGCACUGCAGUCAGGGGUAUCUGGCUCUGUUGGGCCUUUGAAAAAUGAAGCUGACCUACGUGGCGCUGCAGUCUGGUUCCAGCACAUUUCCUGCAUGCUUUAGAUCAUGAACACAGCUGAUUUGUUUAACAGUGAUUACUUGUUCCUGUAGACACUAAUGAAGGUUUUUAGAUUAAGGUGGUAAAAAGACAAAGCACAGCAAGGAGAUAAGUUUUGGUUUUGGUUUGACAAACAGACACUAGGGGGUGCUAAAGGCAAGCUAAAUCUGCCUAGUUCCCCUUUAAAUUGCACCACAUGAAAUAAAUGCAGUAGAUGUUUGCGUGUCUAAUUAAAAAAAAUCAACACACUGCUUUUAAAUACCAAUCUAGUCUCACAACAUGAUGGAAAUGUUGCAAUAUUACAGUGUAUUGAUAUUUUCUUACAUCCCUACAACGUUCUGCAACAGGUAACAAUUUUCAUUAGAAACUGCAAUGUUUUCAUGAAAUAAUUCUAAUAAUUUAAUUAGAUUAUUAUCAGUAAUGUCUCUAAAACUACUCUCAUCAACUGUUUGGAAAAGCAGUAAAAUUCACUGUAUCCUUUACAAUUUUCUAUUAAAAACCUGAUCAGUUUUCUUAAAUUUGACCAAAUUAAUAAGUAAAUACAAUAAAAAUCUAAGAGUGGAGCUCAAAAACAAAUUCUAAUUGCCAUAGUAAUCCUGUGUAAAGUUUUGUGUCAUCAGCAUACAUGGAUAACAGGAAAAUGUCAGGAUUUGGUUUAGAAAUUUGAGAUUCUAUGUAUUUAAAAGGAAAACGCUACAAGGUGUAACCACCAGUCAAACUUUAUCUGAAGCAAACAAAAACACAAAGAUACAAACACUGCAAACUAUAACCUCACUGAUCUUAU